AUGGAGAGGAGUAACCACACCUCACCUGGGGCAACCAUGCAGUUCCUGCUGCUUGGUUUCUCGGACCUGCUGGGUCUGCGGGCCCUCCUCUUUUGCUGCUUCCUCGCGGUCCACCUGGCCACCCUGGCAGGAAACCUCCUCAUCCUCUUGGCGGUGGCCGCCGAGGCCCCCCGCCCCCCCAUGCUCCUCUUCCUCGGCCAGCUCUCUGCCAUCGAAUGCUGCUACACCCUGGUCAUCGCCCCCAGGGCGCUGGCUGACCUGGCCAGCAUGGGCACCAGCACCAUUUCCCUCGUGGGCUGUGCCACCCAGAUGCAUUGCUUCGUGGCCUUGGGAGGGGCCGAAUGCUUCCUGCUGGUGGCCAUGUCCUACGACCGCUACGUGGCCAUCUGCUGGCCGCUGCGCUACACGGCCGUGAUGAGCCAGGCGGUCUGCCUCCGGCUCGCUCUCCUCUGCUGCCUCGGCGGCUUCGCGGUCUCCCUGGGGCUGACGGUGGCGGUCUUCCAGCUGCCCUUCUGCGGCUCCCACCGCAUCAACCACUUCUUCUGUGACAUCCCCGCCCUCCUCCACCUGGCCUGCACGAGGCGCUACAGCAGCGAGCUUCCGCUCCUCGCAGCCUGCGUGCUCCUGCUGCUGCUGCCCUUCCUCCUCAUCCUCGCCUCCUACGCUUGCAUCACCGGGGCAGUGCUGCGGAUCCGUGGCUCCUCUGGCCGGAGCAAGGCAUUCUCUACCUGCGCCUCACACCUGGCUGUCACAUCCCUACACUACGGCUGUGCCACCUUCAUGUAUGUCCGGCCCAAGUCCAACUACUCUCCAGGCCGGGACAAGAUGGUGGCGCUCAUCUACACAAACAUCACUCCCCUGCUGUACCCGCUGAUCUACAGUCUCAGGAACAAAGAAGUCAAAGGAGCAGUGAGAAAGCUGCUGAAAAAGAGACUGGCGCAGCCAGCUGGGAUCCCUUCAAGCAGGGGCCUGCACAGUUCGGGAGCCGCUGGACCAGGAGGCAGGAAUGCAAGGACUGCUGUAUGUUGA